AUGCGCUCCCCCUUCCAGCACCCGAACGCACGCAUCCCGGUCCUGGAGCAGCAUGCCGAGUGCAACAGGACGGUCCCGAUCAACACCGCCACCAUCAACGGGCAUGAGUACGACGUCUCCGGGCCCGAGUCCGAACGCAUGGAGAUCAUGGCGGACCUGGUGGAUCUGCCCGAUGAGAAGUUUGCGGCGAAAUGGGCCAGA